CAAACAGUUAAAAUCAGUGGAAACGCCGCUGUUGGGUGUUUACUGGACUUUAUCUAAAUGCUGUACUGUCACAGAACAGCAGGACAACAGACUGAAGUAUAUAUCCCAGUGUAGCAUUUAGGAGACAGUGUGAGCAGACUGCUGUCUGCUGAAAUCAGUCCGUUUUUUUUUUUAAUAUAUAAAUAAAACUAGCGUUAGAUACACAGGCUAAGAUGCUACCGGACGCUUACGGGUGUGCGGUGGAGAACAGGUUCGGGAACCUUCUAGAUGAUGAUGCUGACCCUUUCGACUUAAUCAGCGAGUUGGAACGCGAGAAGGAAAAGAAGAAGAAGAAGAAAAAGAAACAAGACGAGGAGAAGAAAGUCAAGCAGAAAAAACCCGGUCAGAAGGAGUCUCAGAGGGACAGACGCGUCCGUGCCGUCCAUCAAGACCCGGUAUCAGUCUGUAAGCAGCAGACUCAGCAGUCAUGCCCUGGACCAGCUUCUGAGAGCAGAGAUGGCAAAGAGGAGACCCUGAGGGGCAUGAAGAGAGCUGCAGCUGUGGAGCAUAUGGCUGACCAAAGGGAAUACCCCCAGGAAUUUUCUGUCUUUGUGCCAAUCCAUGCAGACUCUGAACUCAGGGGCAGGGGUGGGAACAGAAGGAGAGGAGGAAGAGGUGGUGGAUACACGAGGAACCUUGACACUGUCAACUUGAGGGGCAAGAGAGAAUUUGAACGCCAUAAUGGAACUGGAGUCUCUCCUGAGGAAAAGCGAGGAGGCAGAGGACCCUGGAACUGGGGCUGUGUUGAUGAGGCUGCAAUCGAACUGAUGGAAGUGAUGGACAACACGGCGACUAAAGCUGAAGAACCUGAAACACCAGUGGAUGAUGAAAACCCCAGUCGAAUGGUGGGAGAGGAGGACGGAGAGAUGGUUGUCCAAGUUGCCGUCCAGAUGUCACUGGACGAGUGGAAAGCCAUGCGGGAAAUGAAUCGCCCCAAGAUGGAGUUCAACAUCCGCAAGGCAGAAGACAAGAUUCCUUCAAAGGCCAAGGUCAUCCACAAGUCCAAGCAGGUGGAGAACCUUAAGUUUAUGGAGGCCAUGGAGACUGAAGGAAACUUCUUCCGAAAGUCUGUCAAUGACAUCACUUCCCUCUUGGAUAUAAAUUUUGGGAGUCUCGUUCGUCCCGCCCGUGGUGGUCGAGGACGUGGAGGUCGAGGUGGUGUAGCAAGCCGCCCAGAGAAAGUUAAACCGAUAGUGGAAAGGGAUUCUGAGCUGGCUCCAAACCCUGAUGACCCAGAAGACUUCCCUGUUCUAUCAGCUAGAAGAUAAAACUGGAUUCACUUUAUUUACUUCAUGUAGGGAGAGUUUGUUGCACUUACACUUGCUGGACACUGUUCAUGUUUCUCCUGUCUUAAGGUUUAGGGUUCUGUUGCACUUAAAGCACAAAUUAGCAUUUGACAGAAGCUGAAUAAAUGCUAAGGCAAA